AUGGACUUGGACCGUCAGAAGUGUCGGGAGGGCAUACAGAACGCCCUGGGAUUCAUACGGUGAGAAAUAAAAAUUUCCCUGCAAUUCCCAAAAGUUCUCAACUAAAUUGUAGCCAGUUGCUCUCUUACUUGACAUUCAUCCUACACCCACAAACGACCAUACAGCACUAGUUCACUUGUAUUGAUAAGUUGAUAUAUUUUCCUCUGUGUCCUAGGUCUUCCUUGCCUUAUCCAGAGCCUGAAGGCUAUAAGGUAGGGAUUAAUGAAUGCGAUGACUGUCUUCUCUCUUGACCUUAGUCUAGGCAUGUCGACACACCCCCUAAACUGUUCCAAAGAAUUUCAGGAAAGGAACAUGUUGUGUGCUCACAGUCAUGCAGCUUGCCCUUUGCAGAGAUUUUCUCCAUUUCACAUUUGAUCCAUUAUUGCCAUUGGAAAAUAGUACCAAAACCAGCCAUAAUACUGAUUAGACACGUCCAUGUCCUUUAUGGCUUUUCCUGUGUACUGUCUUUAUCUCAUUCCCAUGCCAUAUUCCUCUCCUCCUCUUCCCUCCAGGUGUUUCUGACCCAGUUGGUGUGUAACCUGCUGGAUGAGGGGAAUGCAAUGUUCAGGGAGGGUGAGUGGCAGCAGGCCAUAAAGGACUUCAGUGAGGGUGUUAAUGUGGCCCACUAUGCCCAGGCUGAGUCUCUGGAAAUCCCCUCAGCCCUGAUGGAGAGUCUGUAUGUCAACAGGGCUGCAGCCUACCACAGCAUGGUGAGUCAAGAGUGGUGUGUCACCAGGAUUAUGCAUCUUUUGAUCCACAAUAUGGAUGAUUGAAUGAGGUUCACGAUUCUGUAUGCAAAAGGUAUGACGUCAUCUCUUAAAUCUAAUAUUUAAGAGCAAUUGUGUUGUAGGCAAAUGUGCUGUAGUGGGCAAAUAUUGAACCAAUGGUGAACACCCAUUGCACUCUCUCUACUUCAGUAUUUCGUGUUGCAUCACAUUGUUCUAUUCCAUCAUGCGCAACGUGUUUCAGCCUCAUCAUUGAACUGUUGCCAUCAUGCCAAAAGUGAUGUCAGACACUUCCUCAACAUCCCCUUGAAGAUACAGUUCACCUAUCAUUACCCCCAUUCUCAUUAGCCUGUAUUAACCACUGUAUGGCCUUAGUCUUUCACUCUGUGGCAGGACCCACACCUUACCUGUCAUCUCUUUCUCUCCAUCUUUCUCUCAGGGGCAGUAUGAGCAGGGUGUGCAGGACUGUGACAGUGCCCUGGCGCUGUGCAAAGACAGUUGCAGGGCACUCUACAGGAAGGCUCUAUGCCUGAAGGAGCUGGGCCGUUUCAGAGAGGCCUACAACUGCAGCACGGGCUGCCUGCUCACUACACCGAACGUGAGCAACGUUACGAAUUACCCUUCAAAUCAGCGGUUGUUUGCUUGGAGUAGAAAAGCAUGCACACAUUUAAAAACAAUAUGCUUGGCCUCCCGAGUGGCGCAGUGGUCUAAGGCACUGCAUCGCAGUGCUAGAGGCGUCACUACAGACCCAGGUUUGAACCAGGCUGUAUCACAAACGGCCGUGACCGGUAGUCCCAUAGUGCGGCGCACCAUUGCCCCAGCAUCAUCCGGGUUAGGGGAGGGUUUGGCCGGAGGGGCUUUACUUGGCUCAUCGCGCUCUAGCGACUCCUUGUGGCGGGCAGGGCACCUGCAGGCUGACCUUGGUCGUCAGUUGAACAGUGUUUCCUCCGACACAUUGGUGCGGCUGGCUUCCCGGUUAAGCGGGCGGGUGUUAAGAAGCGCGGUUUGGCGGGGUCAUGUUUCGGAGGACGCAUGACUUGACCUUCGCCUCCCGAACCUUUUUAUCUAUAAAAUGUCUAGCACAACUAGCAACAUUUCUUCUUACCACUUGACAUACAGUUCAAGUCGGAAGUUUACAUACACCUUAACCAAAUUCAUUUCAUUUAAACUCAGUUUUUCACAAUUCCUGACAUUUAAUCCUAGUAAAACUUCCCUGUCUUAGGUCAGUUAGGAUCACAACUUUAUUUUAAGAAUGUGAAAUGUCAGAAUAAUAGUAGAGAGAAUGAUUUAUUUCAGCUUUUAUUUCUUUCAUCACAUUCCCAGUGGGUCAGAAGUUUACAUACACUCAAUUAGUAUUUGGUAGUAUUGACUUUAAAUUGUUUAACUUGGGUCAAACGUUUCGGGUAGCCUUCCACAAGCUUCCCACAAUAAGUUGGGUGAAUUUUGGCCCAUUCCUCCUGACAGAGCUGGUGUAACGGAGUCAGGUUUGUAGGCCUCCUUGCUCAUACACACUUUUUCAGUUCUGCCCACAAAUUUUCUAUAGGAAUGAGGUCAGGGCUUUGUGAUGGCCACUCCAAUACCUUGAUGUCGUUGUCCUUAAGCCAUUUUGCCACAACUUUGGAAGUAUGCUUGGGGUCAUUGUCCAUUUGGAAGACCCAUUUGCGACCAAGCUUUAACUUCCUGACUGAUGUCUUGAUGUUGCUUCAAUAUAUCCACAUAAUUUUCUUCCUCAUGAUGCCACCUAUUUUGAAGUGCACCAGUCCCUCCUGCAGCAAAGCACCCCCACAGCAUGAUGCUGCCACCCCCGUGCUUCACGGUUGGGAUGGUGUUCUUUGGCUUGCAAGCACCCCCCCUUUUCCUCCAAACAUUACGAUGGUCAUUAUGGCCAAACAGUUCUAAUUUUGUUUCAUCAGACCAGAGGACAUUUCUCCAAAAACGAAGAUCUUUGUCCCCAUGUGCAUUUGCAAACCGUAGUCUGGCAUUUUUAUGGCGGUUUUGGAGCAGUGGCUUCUUCUUUGCUGAGCGACCUUUCAGGUUAUGUGGAUAUAGGACUCGUUUGACUGUGGAUCUAGAUACCUUUGUGCCUGUUUCCGCCAACAUCUUCACAAGGUCCUGGUGCACCAAAGUACGUUCAUCUCUAGGAGACAGAACGCGUCUCCUUCCUGAGCGGUAUGACGGCUGCGUGGUCCCAUGGUGUUUAUACUUGUGUACUAUUGUUUGUACAGAUGAACGUCGUACCUUCAGGCGUUUGGAAAUUGCUCCCAAGGAUGAAUCAGACUUGUGGAGGUCUACAAUUUUCUUUCUGAGGUCUUGGCUGAUUUCUUUAGAUUUUCCCAUGAUGUCAAACAAAGAUGCACUGAGUUUGAAGGUAGGCCUUGAAAUACAUCCACAGGUACACCUCCAAUUGACUCAAAUGAUGUCAAUUAGCCUAUCAGAAGCUUCUAAAGCCAUGACAUCAUUUUCUGGAAUUUCCCAAGCUGUUUAAAGGCACAGUCAAUUUAGUGUAUGUAAACUUGGAAUUGUGAUACAGUGAAAUAAUCUGUCUGUAAACAAUUGUGGAAAAAUUACUUGUGUCAUGCACAAAGUAUGUCCUAACCGACUUACCUAAACUAUAGUUUGUUAACAGGACAUUUGUGGAGUGGUUGAAAAACGAGUUUUAGUGACUCCAACCUAAGUGUAUGUAAACUUCCGACUUCAACAGUAUGUAUGUUGGGAUUCCUCAUCUGUAAACAUCCUUUGCAUGAUGAUGCGCUAAUGGAGAAGGAGAGUCUCAUUUCAUGCAAGCGCAUUUGUUUCCCCAUUUUCCUCCUCUCCUCAAUUACCUUUGAUGUUUUUCAAAAGGUGGUGAUAAAAAAUGCGAGGGGGGGAGAGACCUCACACCAUACUUUUACUGUAUCAUGUAGCUCAGAAUAAGAGUUUUUUUUAAAUUAGUUUAAUAAAAAGCUUGUGUUGAAAAUAAUUAAUGUAUAUUUUUUUUCUUCCCUUGUACUCUUCGUAGGACAAACAUGUGUACGAGUUGGCACAGGAGUUAGCUAACAAACUGGGCCUGAAGAUACGCAAAGCCUACAUUAGCACACAGGUGAGAAUCAGUUUCCAAAGCGGAAGGUCUAGAUUAAAAUAGCAUGGCAAAUUACGUUCCAGGAUAAGUGGCUUGGAUUCAAUUGUUCUCAAUCUGCCAUUCUCUGAUCAAAUCUGCCAUGAGCUGUUUAUGCUUGGGUUUAAAUCUCAAUUUGAGUUCAUAACAAUUGAAGUCCAUUAAGUUUGACAUUUUCUUUAGGUUGCCACUUUAUGGAGUUAAUAUUUGCUUCCUUUACAGAAGGAGUCGGCCACAUCUGAGCAAAGUAAUGGGAACACAGUUCCUUUUGCAGGGGAGGCAAGUACAACAACUUUCACCAUUACACUUUAAAGUUGCACUGUGCAGAAAUCGCUCCGUCAUUUUCUGGUUGCUAAAACUAAUAGUUUGCCUAAUUAUAAGAUAGUGUAGAGAAUCAUUGUACCAGCUAAACUGCUCUGAAAUAUAUUUUCCAUAACCAAAAUUAUUGUUUCAGCUGUUUGAAGCUGGUGUACAAAACCGAAAGUAAAAGACGCAAAAAACUUAAGAAAAGGAAGCAUAAAAAUAGCGCACAUAAACUCAGCAAAAAAAGAAACGUCCCUUUUUCAGGACCCUGUCUUCCAAAGAUAAUUUGUAAAAAUCAAAAAUAACUUCACAGACCUUCAUUGUAAAGGGUUUAAACUAUGUUUACCAUGCUUGUUCAAUGAACCAUAAACAAUUAACGAACAUGCACCUGUGGAACGGUCGUUAAGACACUAACCGCUUACAGACGGUAGGCAAUUAAGGUCACAGUUAUAAAAACUUAGGACACUAAAGAGGCCUUUCUACUGACUCUGAAAAACACCAAAAGAAAGAUGCCCAGGGUCCCUGCUCAUCUGUGUGAACGUGCCUUAGGAAUGCUGCAAGGAGGCAUGAGGACUGCAGAUGUGGCCAGGGCAAUAAAUUGCAAUGUCUGUACUGUGAGAUGCCUAAGACAGCGCUACAGGGAGACAGGACGGACAGCUGAUCGUCCUCGCAGUGGCAGACCACGUGUAACAACACCUGCACAGGAUCGGUACAUCCGAACAUCACACCUGCGGGACAGGUACAGGAUGGCAACAACAACUGCCCGAGUUACACCAGGAACGCACAAUCCGUCCAUCAGUGCUCAGACUGUCCGUAAUGGGCUGAGAGAGGCUGGACUGAGGGCUUGUAGGCCUGUUGUAAUGCAGGUCCUCACCAGACAACAAUGUCGCCUAUGGGCACAAACCCACCGUCGCUGGACCAGACAGGACUGGCAAAAAGUGCUCUUCACUGACGAGUCGCGGCUUUGUCUCACCAGGGGUGAUGGUCGCAUUCGCGUUUAUCGUCGAAGGAAUGAGCGUUACACCGAGGCCUGUACUCUGGAGCGGGAUCAAUUUGGAGGUGGAGGGUCCAUCAUGGUCUGGGGCGGUGUGUCACAGCAUCAUCGGACUGAGCUUGUUGUCAUUGCAGGCAAUCUCAAUGCUGUGCGUUACAGGGAAGACAUCCUCAUCCCUCACGUGGUACACUUCCUGCAGGCUCAUCCUGACAUGACCCUCCAGCAUGACAAUGCCACCAGCCAUACUGCUCGUUCUGUGCGUGAUUUCCUGCAAGACAGGAAUGUCAGUGUUCUGCCAUGGCCAGCGAAGAGCCCGGAUCUCAAUCCCAUUGAGCCCAGAUCCCCCCCCUUAGUUCAGGGACACAUUAUUCAAUUUCUGUUAGUCACAUGUCUGUGGAACUUGUUCACUUUAUUUCUCAGUUGUUGAAUCUUGUUAUGUUCAUACAAAUAUUUACACAUGUUAAGUUUGCUGAAAAUAAACGCAGUUGACAGUGAGAGGACGUUUCUUUUUUUGCUGAGUUUAGAACCGAUCUAUCGCUUCUUAGACUUGCUUUCAAGUAGAAUGAUUGAUCUAUUACCAAAUUUCUAUGUGAAUUUAGUCGGGCCACCCAAAAAGUUACAUAUUGCCACUUAAACUGGUUGAGAUUUGGAAUGUACUUUGGUUUACCUGUUGAUUUAUUGUCAAUUAAACAGAAGCUGUUGUCUUUUUCUCUUUUUACCUCAAGAUGUAUGGCAGUGGUCUGGAUUCCUUAAGUGACAUCUCAUCAGGUAGAAAUUCUACUGACCCAGAAAUGUUGAAUUACCUAUCACAUUGUAAUGUAAAGACUAUCAAAGAAGAUGUGUCAGAUGUAGCAAUAACAAUUUGAAUAACUUAAAGAAAAUAAAACCCACCUGUUCCCUCUCCUCUCCCUGUCUUUCAGUUGGCUUCUCCUACAAGCCUGUAUCUGCCGCUAUCCCAGUUAGUCCGAUGAAUCCUCUCCCCCUCCCUCUGGUCCUCUGGUCUACUCCAAACUUCUGGGUAGACCUGUCCAAGGCCCCCGGGGGUUGCCCUUCUCGGUGCCUGAGUCAGAGCACCUGGGUGACAGUGAGCUGAUGGGAGAUGAUCUAGACAGCCUGCUGGACUGUCUCCAUGACGAACCAGAGGUUAGUGACGUGAGUUUGUGUCUACUGGUCGAUAUAGUAUUCUGAUAUAGCUUCCCUGAAUCUGUCAAUGCAACUUUUCAUUCUCUCCUUCCCUUCUCAUUCAGAUUCCCCCUCAACGUGACUUUCCCACCUUCCUCCCCAGCUCAGGCUGUGUCCCCAUCCAGCUCCCGUUUCCCUCAGGCCUGCCUGCCCCCUCACCCCGGCUCCCACCAGCCUUCUUCAACUCAGCCAUCAGCCUGCUCAACUCUCUGGACACCUUCCCAGGCAUUGGUGGGCGGGAUGCCCUGGGUGCGCUGGACUCUUUAGAUGGCCUGGAUGCACUAGACUCCCUAGAUGCCUUAAACAACCUGGACAACCUUUCAGGCCUUGGUGGUGGGGAUGCCCUGGCUCCCACAACAGCACUCGAUUCACUUGAUGCCCUGGACAGUUUCUCCCCACUUGGGGGCGCAAUAGCAGCCAAACCAGUAGUGGUGGGGGGAGGGGGGCUGGACUCCCUCUCGGAGUUCAACCAGCCUGGUGAGUGGAUUGAGGGUGGUAGUGUCUUGUUAGCUUAUACCAAUGUAUACAUGGUUCAUUUUACUUUUGAAUGUUUAUAACCAAGAAAGUUAUGAACCUAAUGUAGUUGUUUAUAAUAGAUUGUUCUCUCUUUUUUGUUCUCACACUAUCUUAAGGUGCAAGAAUCUCCCACAAUAUUCUCUCUGCAACACGUUCACCCAAGAAGUCCAACCACACAGUAAGCCAUUUAUUUCUGUCAGCAGAAUUUGUUGGACUAAGCACACUGUGUACAUUUUAAAUUAAACAUUUAUGCAAUGUUUCGGUCACAUAGAACUUUAUCAGUGGAGCUCACCUUUUACAGCAUCAUGCUAGUUUUGCCUUGACAUAUUAACCUAAAUUAAUUAUUAUUACCAUGGCGAUGUAGGUGGUAAAGAAUGGCCAGGUCUCCUCCAAGCUCUCUCUGCUGACCAAGAAUACCGUAGCAGCCACCCAUGACUUCAAGCAGGCCUGUUCCAUGUGCUACAGCUGGAUAGGUACAGUAGUGGACAUGAUAAACUCCCUCUCAGACGGUGUCCCUCCCCCAGUUUACUUCUUAAUGUUUCUUUUUUUUUCUCCCCAAUUUCAUGAUAUUCAAUUGGUAGUUACAGUCUUGUCCCAUCGUUGCAACUCCAGUACGAAAUCAGGAGAGGCAAAGGUCAAGAGCCAUGUGUCCUCCGAAACACGACCCCGCCAAGCCGCACUGCUUCUUGACACACUGCUCGCUUAACCCGGAAGCCAGCCGCACCAAUGUGUCGGAGGAAACACCGUAUAGCAGGCGACCGAAGUCGGUGUGCAUGCGCCCGGCCCGCCACAAGGAGUUGCUAGAGCACGAUGGGACAAGGACAUCCCGGCCGGCCAAACCCUCUCCUAACCCAGAUGACGCUGGGCCAAUUGUGCAUUGCCUCAUGGGUCUCCCGGUCGUGGCCGGCUGCGACACAGCCUGGGAUCGAACCUGGGUCUGUAGUGACGCCUGUUGCACUGCGAUGCAGUGCCUUAGACUGCUGCGCCACUUGGGAGGCCCCCUACUUCUAACUAAUAAGACUGACAUUUGCAAGACCACCAUAGCACCGAGGUUCACCUCUCUAUUUUUAUUUAGCUAAUUCUAUGUCCCCCUUAACGCCCCUCCCUUUCUCUGUCUCUCAGGUCCAGGGGUCCUGGACUACCUGCACCAGGCAGAAUUGGCCCACCGUUGUAAGCGGGACAUUCUUCUGUGCAGGAUCAGGGCUUCAGGGCACCCAGUCUGGAACAGGGUGCGACCCCGCCCCACGAACAACUUUACUGGGCCGUUUAUGCUCUGCAAGGGUACGGAAAACAACAGUCACUGGUGUGGGAAAGAGGUUCUGUUUAGAUGAAUAUAAUGUGUGUGUGUCAUAGGUCAAAUUACCUAGUCGUUUUAAUCUGGAAAAAGGGUCCUAAAGGUUAGCGUUUGUUUGAGUUUGUAUAUAGUUCCUUCCCUCUGUGCAGAGGUGCUGGAGACUCAGAAGUGUAAGUACGGGGAGGGAUGUACAUUUGCCUACUGCCAGGAGGAGGUAGAUGUGUGGACCCUGGAGAGGAAGGGAGCCCUGAACAGAGAGCUGCUGUUUGACCCGCAGAGCCCCAACAAUGACAGGCCCACACUCGGCAUCACAUGCCUGCUGCAGCUCCACAACGGCAUGUUCAUGUACCUCUGUGAGGUAGGGGACACACACAGUUGCAUACACAUCUCCAUAUGUCCAAGCUUGACCAGUGAAACAUGGUAGAGGGCUGCGGGUCCCAACAGAGAUCAUUGCGGGCGGUCAGACAGACGACUUUGGGAUGAAAAUAUUUUUGCUGUCCCGCAGAUUAUUUGGAAACGGUCGUCUUUCUGCUUUGUUGGGCGUGCGAGUUCAAGUGCGCCUAGUAUGUGUGGUCUCAUUGAAAUAGAGUAGGCUGCCUACAUGGGUGGAGAAUCACGUGGCCGUUAACUUUAAAUAUGAAAUUAACUUAAACAUGAUUAGACUGUAGCUUACUACAGUGUCUGUAAAUAAAUAUUGAUAAUGGAAAGAAGUGGAGGGCGCUCAACCAAGGUGAGACGAGGUGCAAUAAAAAUGGGAUGAAGAAAUCAGUCCCUGCAGACCUCCAAAACAUGCCAUUCAACCUUACUCCAGCUCCCCCCUACUUCUUGUCUCUGUUUACCUCCACUUUCCCCCUCUCAUUCUUUCCCUCCCUCUCUCUCUACUCAGGAGUGCUAUGACAGUAAGCCCAGGAUCAUCAGUAAGCGCAGUAAGGAGGUGCCGUCCAUCUGCUCCAACCUCUCCGCCCGACACCCAUUCGACAAAAAGAAGUGAGUCACGUUUGCCUCCCUCUCUCUCUCACUCACACACUCACACUCACGCUCACUCUUCCCCCUUCUGUGCCCUGCAGGUGCCUGGUGCAUGCUGUGAGGUCCAGCAGCGUGCACUACACUAAGAUCCGCCCACUGUAUACCCAGUGCCAGUUGGACGUGUGCCGCCAUGCCCGGCGCUACGGCUGCCAGCGAGAGGACAGCUGCUCCUUUGCCCACUCUGUCAUAGAGCUCAAGUGCUGGAUGCUGCAGCAAGACUCCGGUACAGUCAGAUUGAUGCACAUUAAUGUACUUGGUCUCAGACACAGAGAGACAUAUUUAUUCCUGUCUAAGAAAUGUGAAAACAUUUUUAAAUGUAGAGGCCAAUCUACAAUAAAACAUCUUUAUUUUUAAAUGUUAGUUUCUAUACUAAAAGUCAGGAAAAUUUCAACAAAGUCCAGUAGGUGUCAGUAGACACUGCGGUUCAAUCUUGUCACAGUUGAUAAACACUGUCUGUAAAUACUGUCUGUAAAAAGUGAUGCCAAGGCUCGACUAGGCAUCACUUUCUGUGUAUGUGCCUGUUCUAUAGGCAUCACUCAUGAAGAAAUUGUGCAGGAAUCCAAGCGACACUGGCAUAAACAGGAGCAGAACACACACAAACCCAAGGUAUAAAAUCCCUGCUAUGCUACAUCUCAUAAUAUGGUGAGGCAACCGCUCCUGUGUAGUUUGUCUGAUUCUCUCUACCUUUGCCUCUCUCUGUUUUUGUCCCUGUGACUCGUUGACUAUAAGCCUGUGUACAUGCCACCACCAUCUUCAUCCCCAAGUGGUGGUGGGGACACCUGUAGAGGUGGGGGAGGAGGCAAUAGCUUGAACCUGAAGAGGAAGUUUGUAUGUGGUCAGUGCUGGAGGGACGGGCUGGUCAGCGAGCCGGACAAAGCGCUUAAGUACUGUACAGCCAAGGCCAGGCACAGGUGAGGCUGCACCCUACCUAGCAUCCCUAGCCAGAUGGAGGCCAGAAAAUGGGUGAGGUAGUGCUCCACUGUAGUAUGCAACAGUUCCAUGUGACUGACCACUGUUAUUCACUAUUGUGUAUCAAAUGGCCAAUGUAUGUUAGAUGUGUAGUCUGAGAUAUCUGUGUUGGUGUUUUUGAAUAUCAAUAGAGAAUGUUCAUCUUGGGGACAAAAACCAAAGUGUAUGGAACAUUUACAGCGAAGCCCUAUGUCAUUUAGGAUAGUAUCUUUCUGGCAAGUCCACCAUAACGUUCACAUCUCUCUCUUUCUCUCUCUCCCUGUAGUUGGACGAAGGAGCGUCGGGUGCUGUUGGUGAAGUCCUUUGAAGGAAAGAAGUGGGUGAUGGUGCGGACGUUGCCUUUUGCCAAGACCUACCCCCAGCAGUAUGAUGUGUGUGCUGCCCCCUGCUACUCAAACACUACUUGCUAGAAAUUAUUUUUGAUAGACUCAACCAAGCAUAUUAUCAAUGUGUCUAUUUAAACUUAUAAUUAACUAUUAUGUUAGUGUGUGCUCAUGGGUAACGGUAUAUAUUGGUCAGUUGAAUUUAAUACUUAAUAAUUGACACUGUGCAAACUUGUUUCCACAAACAUCCUUGUAGUCUGUGUGUAACGGCAAAACGUGUCCCCCUCAGAUAUGUGCCCACGUGGUGAAGCAGAAGAAGUGCCACUACAUUGGGAACUGUGCCUUCGCCCACAGUGAAGAGGAGAAGCAAGUGUGGACCUAUAUGAAGAACAAUGGCUGUACGUUUACACUAUGUUUUCGUUAUCCAUUCAACCUUUUGCUCCACAUUAUCGCCUCUGUUUACUUUGAUCUAUGAGCAGGAUUGGUUCAGAUGCUUAUUAUCCCCACCUGUACACAUUAGUAUUGUUACUUACAUUCCUCUUUGAACCUGUUCCUAAAGUGAAGGAUAUGCAGCAGUUGUACGACAUGUGGCUUACAAUGACGAAUCAAAACCGUCAGCCGGAUGACCCCCUGAUCACCCAACCCAUAGAGGAGAAGCAAAUCGCCAUGCCAACCGACUAUGCCGAGCCAAUGGUGAGUAAAGGCACUUACUCACAAAACCUGUUUGUUGGAUGUAGAACGCAAACAAUACAUUCCCCUUUCUCAUUUGUAAAAGCUAUCUAACACUAUCAAGAUGGACUACAUUUUGAUAGUGUGUGCAUGCAUGUUCGUGCAAUGCAAUGUGUGCGUAUGUCAGUGUUUAUGAAUGCUUAACGUACCAUGAGAUAAGUUUCACUGUGCGUGUGUGUUCUAGAGCGGCUUCCACUGUCGUCUGUGUGGGAAGCAUAGUAACAGCGAGCGCCAGUGGCAGCAGCACAUCUCCGCAGAGAAACACAAGGACCGUGUAUUCAGCUGCGAGGGAGAGGACGAGAGCCUGACCUGGACAUACCGCUUCCCUGGACUCCGUCUCGCCCUUUGCCCCAGGUAACACUCACCCAGGGGAGGGUCUCAAUAGUGUAGUGCCUUUCUCAUUACCCGUCAUGAGAUGCUCUGUAUAUGCACACAGAAAACAACUGGGAUAUGGCAAGGUUCACUUACCACAUCCUUAUCCUAUUUGUUCCUAUCAAAUUUUAUCGGUGCACAGUGAUUGACGUAUGUAAAAUAUAGAUCAAUGUGAUUGACAGGCUGGAGAGUGGCUGUCCCGAGGGGGUGAGUUGUGACUACGCCCACAGUGAUGAGGAGCUGGUGGAAUGGCAGGAGAGGCGGGAAUUCCUGCGGCGGAAGCUGGCCAAGGCCCGUGAAGACAUGCUCAUCAUGCCAGACGAGUUUGACUUUGGGAAGUACAACUUUCUCCUGCAGGACUGA